AUGAAGGGAGGUAAGGCGUUCUACUUCCGCCGAUGGGUGAACGAUCUUUUUUGUCUCGCCAUUUUGGUAAAAAGAGUAUAUAAAAGCCGAAUGCCGCCAAAGAAAAAAGAAGAGGUGCAGCUUCCAGCCUUAAUUGGUCGAGUUGGUACAAAUUUGAAAAUUGGUAUCGUUGGUUUACCUAAUGUUGGGAAAUCAACUUUCUUCAACAUUCUUACAAAGAGUCAAGCAGCUGCUGAAAAUUUUCCUUUCUGUACAAUUGAUCCUAACGAAAGAGUGUUUGAUGAUGAGGAAAUUGUUCAUGUUGAAGGAGAAGUGGAUCCAGUGAGAGAUCUCAACAUCAUCCAUGAUGAGCUACGAUAUAAAGAUAUAGAAUAUCUGAAGAAGCAAACAGAAGGUUUAGAACGAUCUGUGAAUCGAGGAGGAGACAAAAAGAAGAAACCAGAAUAUAUUGAUAUUUUGAAUAUGCAUUUAUUCCUCACUGCAAAACCUGUGAUAUACUUGGUCAACUUAUCAGAGAAAGAUUUUAUUCGGAAAAAAAAUAAGUGUGCCAUGGAUAAGAUUAUUGUCCAAGGUUACAAAGCCUUACAGUUAUUGUACUUCUUUACAACUGGUAAGGAUGAAGUGAAGGCAUGGACAAUCCAAGCUGCUGGCAAAUACAAACAAAAAGGGCGAGAUUACAUUGUUGAUGAUGGUGACAUCAUCUUGUUUAAAUUUAAUGCUGUAAAUAUCUUUACUCUCUCUAUCUAUCUCUCUCACAAGUGCAAUUGGUUGGGAGAUGCUGUCCGCCCACGCGAGCGUUCUUCCGUCAGCAUUCGGCAAAUUCCGGUUCCAAUAUGGUGUCUCUGCGCAGCGGCUGCUAUCCGUGUUAAGAUAGUUGUACGUAUGCGCCAUGUACGACCUGUCGGAGUCGUGAGUUUGUGGCGUUUUGUCUUUAGGGAAGAUGACCGAAAAAGAGACUGUCAUUUCUCUCUAUUCCAUAAAUCUCUCUUUGACGUCCAUCGCCUCACUGUGAAAACCAAGAUGAUCGAGAAAUUGAUCCUGAAGGUCCUCUUUGCCAAUGACUGUGCCCUCAUGACAUGCAUGGAAUCUGCCUUCCAGCUCAUUGUCAACAAGAUUACUGAAGCAGCCUACCUGUUUGGCCUUAUCAUCAGCCUUGGGAAAACAGAAGUGCUGUUUCAGCCCAGCCCUCCCACAACGGAGCCAUCUAUCUCCAUCGAGAGAACAGAACUGAAAACUGGAGAAAUUUAA